GGGCUUCUGGGGCGCCACGAUUACUGUCCCCAACCCGCCUCGCCAGACGGGUCUAAAGGCAGCUUGACUCACGACUCUGCCACCAGCCCACCACUCGCGCGAGGGUAUAAAACCUGCCACUGCGGGAGGAGGCCCAGUGCUGCCCUGAGUCGUUCGGCCUGAGCACAGAGACAUGACCCGAGCCGCAGAGCGAGGCCAAGGGGCUACAGGCUGGGGACUGCGAGGCGCCCUGAUGGCCGUGGCGCUGCUGUCAGUGCUGAACGCCGUGGGCACCGUGUUCGUGCUGUACCAGUGGCGCGAGCUGAGCGCGGCGCUGCGGGCACUGGAGGCGCAACACGGCCGGGAGCAGCGCGAGGACAGCGCCCUACGCGCCUUUCUAGCUGAAUUAAGUCGUGCGCCAGCCCGAGUCCCCGAACCACCCCAGGACCCCAUGAGUGCAGCGCGCAAUAAGCGCAGCCACGGCGGCGAGCCUGCGUCACACAUCCGCGCCGAGAGCCAGGACAUGAUGAUGAUGAUGACCUACUCCAUGGUGCCGAUCCGGGUGAUGAUAGACCUGUGCAACAGCACCCAGGGCAUCUGCCUUACAGGACCACCGGGCCCACCAGGACCUCCAGGAGCUGGUGGGUUACCAGGCCACAAUGGAUCAGAUGGACAGCCUGGUCUCCAGGGCCCAAAAGGAGAAAAAGGAGCAGUUGGGAAGAGAGGAAAAAUGGGGUUACCCGGAGCCACAGGAAAUCCAGGGGAAAAGGGAGAGAAGGGAGAUGCUGGUGAACUGGGCCUACCUGGAAAUGAGGGACCACCAGGACAGAAAGGAGACAAAGGAGACAAAGGAGAUGUGUCCAAUGACGUGCUUUUGACAGGUGCCAAAGGUGACCAAGGGCCCCCUGGCCCACCUGGACCCCCAGGGCCUCCAGGCCCUCCUGGAAGCAGAAGAGCCAAAGGCCCUCGGCAGCCAAAUUCGUUCACCAACCAGUGUCCAGGGGAGACGUGUGUCAUACCCAAUGAUGAUACCUUGGUGGGGAGAGCUGAUGAGAAAGUCAAUGAGCGCCAUUCUCCACAAACAGAACCCAUGAUCACGUCCAUUGGUAACCCGGCCCAAGUCCUCAAAGUGAAAGAGACUUUUGGGACCUGGCUAAGAGAGUCUGCUAACAGGAGUGAUGACCGCAUUUGGGUGACUGAACAUUUUUCAGGCAUCAUGGUGAAGGAGUUUGAAGACCUGCCCGCCCUCCUGAAUAGCAGCUUCACCCUCCUCCACCUCCCACAUUACUUCCAUGGCUGCGGGCACGCUGUUUACAACAACUCUCUCUACUACCACAAAGGAGGCUCCAACACCAUAGUGAGAUUUGAAUUUGGGAAAGAGACACCUCAAACUCUGAAGCUUGAAGAUGCUUUGUAUUUUGAUCGAAAAUACCUCUUUGCAAAUUCCAAGACUUACUUCAACAUAGCAGUGGAUGAGAAGGGCCUCUGGAUUAUCUACGCCUCGAGUGUGGAUGGCUCAAGCAUCCUUGUGGCACAGCUGGACGAGAGGACAUUCUCUGUGCUGCAGCACAUCAAUACCACAUACCCCAAGUCCAAGGCUGGCAAUGCCUUCAUAGCUCAAGGGAUCCUCUAUGUCACGGACACCAAAGAUACAAGGGUCACGUUUGCCUUUGAUUUGUUACGAGGGAAGCAGAUCAAUGCAAACUUCGGUCUCAGAAUGUCACAGUCUGUUCUUGCCAUGUUGUCAUACAAUAUGAGAGACCAGCAUUUGUACUCGUGGGAAGACGGCCACCUGAUGCUCUAUCCUGUGCACUUUUCGUCAACAGCACCCAGCCAGCGAUAGGCCUGCAGUCGGCUCCCUCAUUAUGCACCACACAUUUUCUGGGGUUUGACCAAGCCCAACGGAAAGAAGGCCUGUAAAGGAUAUCCAGAUACUCAGAGCAUACGCCCGUGCUACGGGCUCUUGUGCAUGUGGCAAGUCCCCCUGUAAGCCAGGUUAGCUAGAGGCUGGAAGUUGAAAUGGAUAACAUCUGGUGACCCUUGGUCCCUCUUCAAACUUAGCAAGUUAGUGCUCCCCCCUGACCUUAGUGUCCCCAUCAGUAAUAUGAAACAUCUGUGUGAUUGACAGCAUUUCCUCUACCUAUAUGAAGUUCUGUGAUUCUUGCCUGGUUAUAUAUUAGAUUGCUUUCUGGUUUCUUUUUUUUUCUCCACAUGUAAAUGAGUUUACCUGCAGCUUGAGGGGUGUGCCUAUCAGUGAUGACGGACAUUUGUUUGGUGUUUAGGGAAGAUGCAUUGUCUCUUAUGGCUUCUAAAGUAUUAUAUUAUCCAUAAUUUGAUAUUUUUCUCUGAAUACGCACCUGCCACUACAGAAUGAUUAUUGUUUUCAGCUCCUAAGUACAAAUCCAA